AUGCCCUACCACGAGGUCGUCAGCGAUGGCUUCGCUUAUAGAUACGGCAGGUUUUACGCCCUAGUACCCAAUCGCGUAGAACGCGUCCAAGGCUCACAUCUUCGACAAAUGUUCUUGCCAAAGCUUACACCUGAAGCAAACAAGCGCUUAAGAGACAGCCAUGAAGAUACGUUUGUUCGCGGUCAAUUGAAACACUACGGUGUCCAUUUCGAGGAAGGCGAGAUUUCCGGCAACGGGACUCUGUUGAUCAAGAAAGUCCUCCAAGCCGGGAAAUGCGACAGAGUCCCGGACCACAUAACCCAGUUGCAGGAGAGGAUGCACGCAGAGUGGCUGGACAAACUAACUGCCGAGGAGCUCUCUUCCUACCCAGAUUGGAUAAUGGAAAGGUUCUUCUUGUCUCGUGGUCAAGCAGAUCCCACAAAGACGACCACGGUUGUGGGUAUACCUGUUGCCCCUAGCAGCACUUAUCGUGCCGGUCAAAUACGCGAGGCCGCCGACAAGAUUCCGGGUCUUCAUCAAGUAACUGGAUCGGGGCCAAAGACGCAGACCAUCUUCCUGGGUUGGGAUCGAGCGGCUGUCGCCAAGGCAGCAAGUGGACAUGCGGCCACAGAGGCAAAGAAGGUUCGGGAAGCCGACGAGGAAUGGGAAGUCGAGCGUGCAGAGAUGCACACAGACUAUCUCAACUCACUCAAGAAGAAGAAGAAGGGCUCCGAUCCUCACUCCCCCAUUGGAAGCUACAUGGUCGACUGCCAAGAGAUUGAAAGGGAAUGA